CCCCCCGUUACUAUAAAGGGAAAGCGGGCUGCGAGCUGGCCAAGCUCCGUCCGACGCCUUGGAUCCGUUUCCAUCGGUUGCGCCGUCAGGUCGUUCAUCAGAUCCCCAGCUGCCAAGAUGGUGAAGCAGAUUGAGAGCAAGUACGCUUUUCAGGAAGCCUUGAACAGUGCAGGAGAGAAACUCGUAGUAGUCGACUUCUCAGCCACAUGGUGUGGGCCUUGCAAAAUGAUCAAGCCUUUCUUUCAUUCUCUCUCUGAAAAGUAUUCCAACGUGGUGUUCCUUGAAGUAGAUGUGGAUGACUGUCAGGAUGUUGCUGCAGAGUGUGAAGUCAAAUGCAUGCCAACCUUCCAGUUUUUUAAAAAGGGACAGAAGGUGGGUGAAUUUUCUGGAGCUAAUAAGGAAAAACUUGAAGCCACCAUUAAUGAAUUAAUCUAAUCAUGUUUUCUGAAGACAUGGCCAGCCAUUGGCUGUUUAAACUUGUAAUUUUUUUUAUUUACACAAAGGAAAGAUCAAGUAUGAAGAUUAUAUACCUUACUGCCAUCUGAUAAGUGACAAUAAAAUAUUAACUCUACACUUUUUAAAACUGUCUCAUGUCUUUACCUAGUUUUCAAAAUAAAUGAAAACUGGCCAUUUGAUGGAA